AUGCCCCGCCACCUCGGCCUCCCCAUCCCACGAUCCCGCGGCCCUCCUCUCCCCGCGCCCCGCCACCGCGGCCUCCCCGCCCCAUGCCCCGUCGGCCCUCCUCUGCCCGCGCCCCACCAGCCCUCCUGCCCCUAUGCCCUGCCACCUCGGCCUCCCCGUGCCCCGCCACCGCGGCCUCCACGCCCUGCGCCCCAGCGGCCCUCCUCUCCCCGCGCCCGGCCACCGUGGCCUCCCCAGCCACGCGCCCCGCCGGCCCUCCUCUCCCCGUGCCCCGCCAUCGCCGGUCCUCCUCUCCACGCGCCCCGCCUCCUUUGUGCCGUGGCGGCGGGGGAUGCGUCUAGCUCGGCCCCGGCGCCCCGGAGGCUGGUGCUCUACACCAAGCCGGGGUGCUGCCUCUGCGAAGGCCUCAAGGAGAAGCUGCACGCCGCCGUCCUGCUCGCCGGCACCCCCUACUCCCUCGCCUCCCUCGAGCUCCAGGAGAGGGACAUCACGACGAACUCGGAGUGGGAGCGGCUGUACCAGUACGAGAUCCCGGUGCUGGCCAAGGUGCUCCCCGACGGCACCGAGCACAAGUGGUACUCAUCUCGAUGGCGAUUUUGUUCAUGCUCUUCUCGGUCCAGCGCUUUGGGGCCGACAAGGUCGGAUACACCUUUGUGCCAGUCAUCUCAGUGUGGUUCCUUCUAAUUGCCGGCAUCGAGAUCGGUGUUCUGCGGGCCUUCAGUCCGAUGUAUAUAGUGCAAUACUUCAUAAGGAAUGGGAAGAGUGGAUGGGUGUCACUUGGUGAGAUUAUCUUGUGUGUCACAGGCACAGAAGGUAUGUUUGCUGACCUAGGACAUUUCAACAUCAGGGUUGUUCAGGUGGUUUACCUGAGGAAAUUCCCACACAACGUUGCAAACACCUUCUACAGAUCCAUCCCAGCACCAAUGUUCUGGCCAGCCUUCAUCGUUACCAUUCUUGUUGGCAUCAUAGCAAGCCAAGCUAUGCUCUCCCGUGUGUUUGCCAUCCUCUCCAAGGCUCUCUCUCUCUCUCGGUUGCAUGCCAAGGGUUCGAGUGAUCUACACCUUGCACAAGUACGAGGGGCGGGUGUACAUUCCUGAAGUGAACUUCCUGAUGGGAUUGGCGAGCAUCCUCGUGACGGUCGCCUUCCGGAUGACCACCAGCAUCGGCCAUGCUUACGGUAAAUGGCUGGCCAAGGAUAAGGCGUUUGUGUUCCACUCAGGUUUUCACUUUUCAGUGGGAUGCUGUCAUGCUGAACAUAUUUAUUCAUCGAGCUGAUCGACCCGAUGUUGGUUAUGCGCAGGGAUCUGUGUGGUGACCACGUUGCUCUAUCAUGGAUGUUGAUUUCCAUUAAACAGUAUUCUGUAUUCACUCAGUUCGGCCUCACUUUCCUCACUAACUCGCUUAUGCUCCUGUCUGAUCAACGCCACUACUUCAUUUGUGCAGUUACUAGAGACACACAUGUUGUGCUGCAGCCGUGGUGCUCCAGUACACCCUAGGCCUCCGCUGAUCAAAUGCAUGAUGCUAAGGUCAUCAUUGUACGACUUCCAUUCUGCUCCAUACAAUAUUCAUUCUCCAUGAUUGAGUGGUAGUUUGUUACUGUUUCGAAGAGUCAAGGUUUGGAAUACAAUUUCAAUUGCCUUCAUUCAUGGUCAAGGCUUCGGAGUUAUUGCACACCUCCUUUAUAAUAUUGUAGUGAUUUAGUUAAUUUCAAUUGCAAUGCAUUCAGCAACAUUUAUAAUGGUUAUUCUAUGAAGUAUUGAAAAAUUAGACGCGAUCUUUUCUUCAA